UUCUCCCCAUCUCUCUCUCUCUCUCUCUCUCUCUCUCUCUCGUCCCACUCCAGCAGCAGAGCAUCUCUGCUGCUGCUCACCUGCGGCGUCUUACCCACCUGCUCUUUCCUGAGGAGUGAUAAACGCAGAGAUAACAGUGAUAAACAGCCGCUGUUGAAUCUCCGCACCGAUCUAUGUGUCUGAAACCAAAAACAUCUCAGCGGUCAGCAGGAUAGAGCUGGAUAACACAGAUGCACAUCUGGCCAUAAGACGCUUUUACAGGGAUUGGAGAUUUAGGACUUUCACUGACAGCCCAGUCCACCUCUGCCCCCCAAGCUGGACACCAGAUCUGACCUGUGAGCUGCAGACUAAGGAAUCAGUGCGCCCCCUGGUGGAGGAUGGAGGAGACUGGGACCCUGAACUGUACUGUGAGGAUCUGAGUGCUAAACGAUGGAAGCGUCCGGAUUGCCUCGGAGCCCUGAACUCAACGAGACGGAGCUCAACCACACGCUGGAGCAUGGCCCCGGCCCCCACGUGCACCUUCCUCCCAGCAUGCAGCUGGGCACCAUGUCCAAUCCUCAGUCCCGCCUGCGGGACCUGACUGGGCUGGUCGCCAUGGUGACGCUGAACGCCUUGGCCCUCUUCGCCAAUGCUGCAGUGCUGGCUGUAGUGCUGAAAGCUCCUCACCUGAGGAAGUUCAGCUUCGUGGGCCACCUGUGUGCUGUGGACCUGCUGUGCGCUGCCCUCCUCAUGCCGCUGGCCAUUGUGUGCGGCUCUCCGCUGUUCGCUGGUGUCAUUUUCUCCGUCCUGGAGUGUCGCCUCUAUGUCUUCCUCAACGCCUUCCUCAUCUCAGCCUCCAUCUUCACCGUCACGGUCAUCAGCGUGGAGCGCUACUACUACAUCGUGCACCCUAUGCGCUAUGAGGCCAAGAUGACCCCACAGCUGGCUGCCAUUGCCAUGGUGCUGGUCUGGGUAGCGGCCGCCCUACUCGGGCUGGCCACCGUCUUUGGCUGGCCCGACUAUGGCCAACGGAGUUCCAUCGCCGCUGUCCACUGCUCUCUGCACUGGAGCCACAGUGGGCACCGACGCGUCUUCUCCAUCCUCUUCUGUGUGGUCUGCUUCUGCGUGCCGGCCGCUAUCAUCCUGGCCGUCUACGGAAACGUCUACAAGGUGGCCCACAUGGCCGCCCGGCAGAGGGGACCCCUGCCCAGCUGGGUAACAGCAACACCUCGACCGAAACGACGCUCCGACUCCGUCAACAGCCAGACCACAAUCAUCACCACCAGCUCAAGUGCCAGAAGGGGCGCCCAUGCUCCCCGUCAGCCCAGGAGGGCGCUGGUGGGCGGCAAAGCGGCCCUCACCCUGGCCGUCAUCGUGGGUCAGUUUGUCCUCUGCUGGCUGCCCUACUUUGCUUUCCACCUGCACCUGUCGCUGGGCUUUUCCCACAGCACUUCAGAUGAGGCUGAGGGUCCUGUGACAUGGUUGGCGUACUCCUCCUUCACUGUGAACCCGUUUUUCUAUGGUUUGUUGAACCGGCAGAUCAGGGAGGAGCUGUGUAAAAUGAUGUGUUGCUGCCGCUCUCCAGGCAGACCAGUGCGACCCCCCACAGCCUCUGGACAUGAGCCUUCGGCCCACGAGGACUUUCUGCACUUCCUGAACCGGAGUAGCUCUGCAGAUGGGACGAGGAGCAGUUACCACACAGCAACCCCCAGAACCACACUGGACCAAACCGGCUUUAGGAUACCAGGACAAAUCCCUGAAGAAGUAACUUAGGCUCAUUGAAAUCUGUUCAAACUAGAGUCAGAGAUUGAAAUCUGAACUGUUUAAACUAGAUUCAAAUGUGAACUGUUUAAAUCAUAUUUCCAUUCUUGUAACAUGGGCAAACCUUUUUGUUUAAGAUCCCUGAAGAGGUCAGGGACAGAUCACUGAAGAGGUCACUUAGGCUGUGAUUAGACCGAAUCUUACCUGAAGUGAUCAAAUCAGAUUAAAAUCUAAAGAUUUCUAAAGUAUAAAGUCUUUCAAACCUAAAGAUUUUAAUCGACUUCUGAUCUGAAUUGUUCACAUUCAUUUUAUAUCUGAAGUGUUCAAAUCAGAGUUAAAUCUGAAGUGAUCAAAUCGGUUAAAAAUCUCAAAAAUUCAAAGUAUAUUCAAAUCUGAAGUGUUCAAACCAAUAUCAAAUUUCCAAUGUUCAAAUCAGAUUCAAAUACGGCUGAAGUGUUCAAAUCAGAUUAAAAUCUGAAGUGUUCAAAUGUAAAUCUCAAGUGUUUAAAUGGGAUAAAGAUCUUAAAUGUUCAAAUCACAUUCAAACCUAAACUGUUUCAAACUAGGUUCAAUUCUGAAGUGUUUCGAUCAGUUUCUAACAUCAAAUGUUCAAAUCUUAAAUGUUAAAAUCAGGUUCAAACAUUUUUUCCCAAACUGGAUUCAAAUCAGUUUCGCAAUCUGAAAUGUUAAAUUUGGAUUUAAAAUAUGAAGUGUGGAAAUCAGAGCUGGGUUAUUUGAAGCUGGGUCAGAUCUGAAGCGUUCAAACUGAAUCAUUAAUGUCAAAUUGGAUUCACGUCUAAAAUGACCAAAUCAGAAGAAAACAUAGUAACAUAGUAACCGAACCAGAAAAACGCACAUUGUGUGUUUAUACUUGAAGAAAAAGCUUCAUUCUGAAUAUGGGAAACAUCUGGUUUUGUUAGUGUGUCUGAUCAAUGACCAAACCAGAUUUUGAGCACAUAGAUGACAAAAAUGUAUUAUCUUUUUCAUAAUCCUUUUCGAGACCUGUCCAGGGUGUAUCCUGCCUUCCGUCCAAUGACUGCUGGGAUAGGCUCCAGCACCACCCCCACGACCCUGAUGGAGAAGCAGCUUAGAAAAUGGAUGGAUAAUCCUUUUCGACACAUGUUCAAAUUCUGAUUUCUCGCUAUUUCAGAAAGCGAUCAGAUGCCAAAAGUGGAUUUUAUCAGACAAAUCUGAUCAAAUAAAGAAGGCUUGGCAUGUCUGCUGGAUCCUGUCUGUAGGUGUGCUUUCGACAGGUGAUCAUUUCUUAAAAUAACUGAGUAGAUUCAGAAAUAACUAAAAGCUUUUAGAAAUGAGAAAUUAGAUUUCUGUUGUCUAAUUUUCUAAUUCUAAUGAAUUCUUUCACAUUCACGUUGACAUAAGUGAAGCAAUGUGAAUUGCUGUUUAAGGCUGUCUAAACUCAAAAAUAAAUACUCAGGGCAGUUUGUUUUAGGGGUGUCUGAUGCUACAGUUUGAGACUGAACACAGGAGUGUUUGAAUUGCUGUCGCCAGGUUUGUUUUCACACUGAUUAAAUGAAAAUGAAAUGAAAUUGUUAAACACUUCAUAACAGGAUGCCUUCACUUACAGCCUUAACAAACAUCUGACUGAGUGUCCAGCUUGUGUUAGGUCAGAAAUCUAUCAGUCUCCCCUGUUAUUUAUGUUAACAUGUAACAUAUUUCAUAUUUUGCAACAAUUCUGAAAGAAUUCUUCGUUUAUCAUUUCACUGUUUGUCUCGUUUUACAUAACAGCACAAUAACACAUACAGUACUGUGCAACAGUCGUUUGCUCAAUUUCCAGUCAAAGCAGCCACCGAGCACAAGCUAUCCACUUUUCAUAAGCUAUUUCUUAGAAGGUAAUCUACUUGCAUAAAGAAAACAAGAGAAAAAAAAACAGAAAAGAAGUGAAAAACUGUGAGAAACAAAAAAUGCAACCAACCUCUAAGACUGAACUUUGGAGGUGCGGCUGCAGAUUUCUUGGCAGUCUCCUGAAAAGAACAAUAAUAAAUAAUGGACACAAUAAAUACUGUAAAAAAUGUAUAAUGAAAAAUGAACGAGUUUGCUGUUUUGACUGGAAAUUUAAUGCAUUCCAUUUGCACAGUACCGUAUAUGAUCAUUUAUUAUAGUGAUGUCUAUGAAUAAUAUUUUAACAUGUAUACGUUGUUGGCCAAGGGGCACUUUUGCUAUCAGACGUUUGACUUUUGUGUACAUAAUUGGGUCUGUAUUUAUUGUCGGGAACAAUGUUUAUUCAGGAAACUCAAAUUCUGGCACUUGUUUCUGACGCUUUUACUGCUACAAUCAAUUCUGAAAUGAAGCUAAGCUCUUUUGUUCCAUUGCUGAAUAAAAACCUCCCUGUAAAGAAA